AUGCGUCGCUUCUCCCUUUCGUGCUUUUUCCUAUUUGUCUUCAUCCAUUUCGGUAAGUCUCUCAGUUAUUUUUAAUUCAAAAAAUUAGUUCUUAGUAGAGUUUAUACUACAAUAAGAGAAAAACCAGAAGACGGCUCGGAGCGAAGUCGGUUGAGAAUGCAUGACAGAAAUCUCUUUGCCUGAGACAAUUGGCAUGUGUUUCUGAUAUUUCUAUGAAUGACUUCAAAAUUUAAUGAGGUAAAAAAAUUAAGUACCUUUUCUUUUGCAGGUUCUUCGUCAAAAACGUCACGAGCACGGCGAUCUCACGACGAUGACGAUUCUGGAAUUAUCGAUACCCCUCCAUGUGACGUCAUCUGUGAAGCACAGUGGAAAAGCGAAUUCCAAGUGAGAUUCUCCAUUCUCGAACGAAGCAAACGAAUCUGGCUCGUAAACUCAGAUGAACUUUGGCAAGCUUUACGACACGCAGUACUUUGAAGUGCCGCUGGACACGGUGGUGAUGAGGAACUUGGACAGCCUCAAGACAUUUUGCUCUUCCACUCAGCAAAAGUACGCCUGCUUCAAGAGGGAAUGCGAUAUCCAUCGGUACAAUUUUUCGACUGUUAAUCUAAUGAAAACGACCCGAAAAAUCACAGAGCUAUAUAUUCAUUAUCUUUCAAGUUCACCUACUUCCAAACAAAAGUUUAUCAGAUUUCGAUGGUCGCCAGCCAAACACAUCUGUAUCGCUCAGUUGGCAGAGUUUGAGAAAAACAACCAGUGUUUGAGGUUUAUCACGGCUUCGGUUUCAUUCCUUUCAACAGCUAUUUUCUAGCAAAACGGAUCGUUUCGUGCAACGCGAGUGCACAGAAGUCUGUGACAACUUGGAGAUUAGAGUUUCGCCUCUUGAAACGACGAAACUUGUUUCUCUUGGCGUCAGUUCAAACGAGAGGACAGCUUACAUCGAUCAGAAUGAACAUUGCUAUCUUAUCGUUUGUCAUCAGAUGUGCCACGUGAGAAUUCCUCUUUUAUUCUCGAAUUUUCCAAUGUGAUUUGCAGGAGCACGUAAUUUCUAAAGUUUGCGGUGAAAAAGCGGCAGAUGCGCGUUCUCUCGUCAAAAAUUACUACGACGCAUACUUGCAACGGGAGUACAAUGCACUUCUGAAAGAAGGACACGAGAAGCUGUAUUCAAGCUUUUGUCGGCGCGUUACCCCUCACCAACACGAGGUAUUCAGCUUCUUUUCUUUUCUCUUUUCUACGGCUUCUUCGUUUCAGAACGCUGUUACCCCCAACAUGACACGGUGGAACAAUAGAAGUCUUGACAGAAUGCGUAGCGAAAUCAAGAAGGUUCUGGCAAAUAUCACCCUCUCAGUGGGAUGA